AGGGACCGGCUUUCAAAGGGACACCAAAGCAAAGCCCGAGAGGUGACAGCCAGGAAAACGGGAGAGGUGGCUUUCCCGGCAUGCUCUGCAGCACACUGAGGGGCGCCAGACGCAUCCCGGCGUGCAACGGGGAGCGCCCAAGGGCGAUGGUUCACGGCUCCUGGAGGGGCAGGCGAAGUUAAGCCGGAUGAGAAGCAUUUGUGACUAUGUGUUGACUACAGUUUCUUACUACUGAAUUUCUCACUGGAAUCAUGGAAGAGAAACAGCAAAUUAUAUUAGCUAAUCAAGAUGGUGGGACAGUGACAGGAGCAGCACCUACCUUCUUUGUCAUCCUCAAACAGCCAGGAAAUGGCAAAACUGAUCAAGGAAUUUUGGUUACUAAUCGAGAUACCUGUGCUUUGUCUAGUAGGGUGUCAUCACCAGGAAAAUCUAAAGGGAAGAUUUGCCUUCCAGCUGAUUGUACUGUGGGAAGAAUCACUGUUACCCUUGAUAACAACAGUAUGUGGAAUGAGUUCCAUAAUCGAAGUACAGAGAUGAUUCUGACCAAGCAAGGAAGACGCAUGUUUCCUUAUUGUCGCUAUUGGAUAACAGGCUUAGAUUCAAAUUUAAAGUAUAUCCUUGUAAUGGACAUAUCUCCUGUGGAUAACCAUCGUUAUAAAUGGAAUGGUCGUUGGUGGGAACCCAGUGGGAAGGCUGAACCCCAUGUUUUGGGAAGAGUUUUUAUUCAUCCAGAAUCUCCUUCCACAGGUCAUUAUUGGAUGCAUCAGCCAGUAUCUUUUUAUAAACUCAAACUUACCAACAAUACACUGGACCAGGAAGGUCAUAUUAUCUUGCACUCUAUGCACCGUUACCUGCCAAGGCUUCAUUUGGUGCCUGCAGAAAAGGCUACAGAAGUGAUACAAUUAAAUGGCCCCGGUGUUCAUACUUUUACUUUCCCCCAGACUGAAUUCUUUGCAGUAACAGCUUAUCAAAACAUUCAGAUUACCCAGUUGAAAAUAGAUUAUAAUCCAUUUGCCAAAGGCUUUCGGGAUGAUGGGUUGAGCAGUAAGCCCCAGAGAGAUGGAAAACAAAGGAAUAGUUCUGAUCAAGAAGCGAAUAGUGUUUCUAGUUCUCCUGGUCAUCGUAUUCGUCUUACUGAAGGCGAGGGAUCAGAAAUACAUUCAGGUGAUUUUGAUCCUGUGUUAAAGGGUCAUGAAACAUCAGGCCUAGGCUUGGAGAAGCCACUCCAUAAUGUAAAACAAGACUUUCUUGGUUUUAUGAAUACUGAUUCUGCACUUGAAGUUCCUCAGUUGAAGCAUGAAAUUUCUGAAAGUCUUAUUGGGAACAGUUUUGAAGAUGAUUCCCAGAUUGCCUCACCAUUAAACCCGAAUGGAAACUUUAAUGUCGUCAUUAAAGAGGAGCCUCUAGAUGAUUAUGAUUAUGAACUUAGUGAAUGCCCAGAAGGGGUCACUGUGAAGCAAGAAGAGACAGAUGAGGAAACAGAUGUAUAUUCAAACAGCGAUGAUGAUCCUAUAUUAGAGAAACAACUAAAGAGACACAAUAAGGUUGAUAACUUGGAAUCUGACCAUCCAUCUUAUAAGUGGCUACCAAGUAGCCCAGGUGUUGCUAAAGCUAAAAUGUUUAAAUUAGAUGCUGGAAAAAUGCCAGUGGUUUACCUAGAGCCCUGUGCUGUCACCAAAAGCACAGUGAAAAUUUCUGAACUUCCCGAUAAUAUGCUUUCCACAUCUCGAAAAGAUAAAUCAGUGUUGGCAGAAUUAGAAUAUUUGCCUACAUAUAUUGAAAAUUCCGGUGGGACUGACUUUUGCUUAAGUAAGGAUUCAGAAAAUAAUCUCAGAAAACAUUCAUCAGACCUCAAAAUGGUACAAAAGUAUACUUUACUUAAAGAACCUCAGUGGAAAUAUCCGGACAUAUUUGAUAACAGUAGCACAGAAAGAAUAAAUGACAGUUCAAAGGGGUCAUCUGGAGACUCAUUUUCAGGAAAAGAGGACUUGGGCAAAAAGCGAACAACUAUGCUUAAAAUGACAGCACCUUCAAAGACUGUGAAUGCUAGUCAGAGUGCCUCUCCAAACACUCCUGGAAAAAGAGGAAGGCCUCGAAAGUUGAGACUCUCUAAGGCGGGGAGACCACCUAAAAACACGGGGAAGUCUUUAACUGCUACAAAGAAUGUUCCUGUAGGUCCUGGAACUACGUUUCCUGAUGUGAAGCCUGAUCUAGAAGAUGUAGAUGGUGUGCUCUUUGUUUCCUUUGAAUCAAAGGAGGCUCUAGAUAUUCAUGCAGUUGAUGGGACCACAGAAGAAACUUCUAAUCUUCCGACUACAGCCACAAAUGACCCAGAUUGCAGAACAAGAAUUUCCCAGUUGGAAAAGGAAUUAAUAGAAGAUUUGAAGUCUUUGAGGCAUAAGCAGGUGAUACAUCCUGCUCUUCAAGAAGUGGGCUUAAAACUGAAUUCAGUGGAUCCAACAAUGAGCAUUGAUCUUAAAUACUUGGGAGUACAACUGCCUUUGGCUCCAGCUACCAGCUUUCCCUUUUGGAACCUUACAGGAACCAACCCUGCUUCUCCUGAUGCUGGGUUUCCUUUUGUUUCUAGGACAGGGAAGACCAAUGACUUCACCAAGAUCAAGGGAUGGAGAGGAAAAUUUCAUAGUGCUUCUGCAUCUAGGAAUGAAGGUGGAAAUGCAGAGGCCUCACUGAAAAACCGUUCUGCUUUCUGUAGUGAUAAGCUGGAUGAGUACUUGGAAAAUGAAGGCAAGCUGAUGGAAACAAGCAUGGGUUUCUCUUCCAAUGCGCCCACGUCUCCAGUAGUCUAUCAACUACCUACCAAGAGUACCAGCUAUGUUCGAACUCUUGAUAGUGUACUAAAGAAGCAAUCUACUAGUUCUCCUUCUACCUCUUAUUCUGUGAAGCCCCAUUCCGUAACCACUGCCUCUCGAAAAACAAAAUCUCAAAGCAAACAGACAGCUCUCAGUGGUCGAACUAAAUCAUCUUAUAAGUCAAUUUUACCAUACCCUGUUUCACCAAAGCAGAAAAACUCUCACGUGAUCCCAGGAGAUAAAAUUACCAAGAAUUCCUUAAAUACAACCUCAGAUAAUCAGGUGACUAACUUCGUUGUGCCAGCUGUAGAUGAAAGUUCGUUUCCAAAGCAGAUUAGUUUGCGGCAGGCACAGCAACAGCAGCUGCAACAGCAGGGAACACGUCCUCCAGGCUUGUCGAAAUCUCAAGUAAAGCUUAUGGACCUGGAAGACUGUGCGCUCUGGGAAGGAAAACCAAGGACCUAUAUUACUGAAGAGCGAGCAGAUGUCUCCUUGACUACUCUUCUUACUGCUCAAGCAUCUCUCAAAACUAAACCUAUCCACACAAUCAUAAGGAAACGAGCCCCACCAUGCAACAAUGACUUUUGUCGCCUGGGUUGUGUAUGUUCCAGUUUAGCUUUGGAGAAGCGCCAACCUGCUCACUGCCGUCGACCAGACUGUAUGUUUGGCUGCACUUGUUUGAAAAGAAAAGUUGUAUUGGUUAAAGGGGGAUCCAAAACAAAGCAUUUCCAUAAGAAGGCUGCUCAUCGAGAUCCAUUAUUUUAUGAUACACUGGGAGAGGAAGCAAAAGAAGGAGGGGGAGUCAGAGAAGAUGAGGAACAAUUGAAGGAGAAAAAGAAGAGAAAGAAGCUGGAAUACACCGUAUGUGAAGCAGAACCUGAACAGCCUGUUCGACAUUACCCACUGUGGGUGAAAGUAGAAGGGGAAGUAGAUCCAGAGCCUGUUUAUAUCCCAACACCUUCUGUCAUCGAGCCUGUGAAACCAUUGGUGUCACCUCAGCCGGACAUAACUUCUACUACCACGAAGGGCAAGCUUCCCACUGGAAUUAAACCAGCACGAGCAUAUACUCCCAGACCCAAUCCUGUGAUACGAGAAGAGGACAAAGACCCAGUCUAUUUGUACUUUGAAAGUAUGAUGACUUGUGCCCGAGUUCGAACAUAUGAACGAAAGAAAGAGAAACAGAGACAACCAUCUCCUCCCCUGUCCCCAUCUUUAUUAUUUCAGCAGCAGAGCUCAUGUUAUUCUAGUCCUGAGAGUCAUAUUACAAAGGAACCUGAUUCUGAACAGACCUUAAAGCAACUCAUUUGUGACUUGGAGGAUGAUCCUGAUAAAUCACAAGAAAAGAGCUGGAAAUCCCCCUGCAAUGAAGGAGAAUCCUCUUCUACAUCUUAUGUACAUCAGAGAUCACCUGGUGGUCCUACCAAACUGAUAGAGAUCAUCUCAGACUGCAACUGGGAAGAAGAUCGUAACAAGAUCUUAAGUAUCUUAUCUCAGCACAUCAAUAGCAACAUGCCACAGUCACUUAAGGUGGGCAGCUUCAUCAUUGAGUUGGCUUCUCAGCGGAAAUGUCGGGGCGAGAAGAGCCCUCCUGUUUAUUCUUCUCGUGUGAAAAUCUCUAUGCCAUCAAGUCAAGACCAAGAUGAUAUGGCUGAGAAAUCUGGAUCAGAGACUCCUGAUGGUCCAUUGUCCCCUGGGAAAAUGGAUGAUAUCUCUUCUGUGCAGACAGAUGCCCUGGAUUCAGUGAGGGAGAGAUUACAUGGAGGCAAAGGUCUGCCUUUUUAUGCAGGGCUUUCUCCUUCAGGGAAGCUUGUGGCCUAUAAACGUAAACACAGUUCAACUACAUCUGGGCUUAUCCAGGUUAAUGGUAAGAGUUACCCGCAGGCUAAGUUGCUAUUGGGACAGAUGGGGGCAUUGCAUCCAGCCAAUAGGCUAGCUGCUUAUAUCACAGGCAGGUUGCGACCCUCAGUCCUGGACCUCUCAACCCUCAGUACUGUCAUCUCCAAGGUAGCAUCCAAUGCCAAGGUGGCUGCAUCCAGGAAACCACGCACCCUAUUGCCUUCAGCAUCCAAUUCCAAAAUGGCAUCCUCUGGCCCAACAACAAAUCGCUCUGGGAAGAAUCCGAAGGCAUUUGUUCCAGCAAAAAGGCCAAUUGCGGCUCGGCCCUCUCCUGGCGGUGUGUUCACACAGUUUGUGAUGAGCAAAGUUGGAGCCCUGCAGCAGAAGAUACCUGGAGUUCGCACACCCCAACCCCUGACAGGGCCACAGAAGUUCAGUAUCAGGCCUUCUCCAGUAAUGGUUGUCACACCUGUGGUUUCUUCUGAGCCAGUUCAGGUGUGCAGCACUGUGACUGCUGCUGUCACUACUUCUCCUCAAAUGCUUUUAGAAAAUGUUCCUGCUGUGACAUCUAUGUCUGCUAUUUCUGAUGCGGGAGCUAAAGAAGCUACUUGUUCUUCUGUUGCCUCUGCUGCUGGGGUUGUUGAGAUCUCUGAAACAAACAACACUACCCCUGUAACAUCUACCCAGUCUACAGCCACUGUGAACCUUAUAAAAACUACUGGGAUUACUACUAGCCCUGUGGCUUCAGUUGCAUUUCCUAAAUCAUUGGCAGCAUCUCCAACUAUAACUCUUCCUGUUGCUUCCACUGCCUCCACCUCCAUAGUCAUGGUAACCACAGCUGCAUCUUCCUCCAUGGUGACCACACCAACUUCAUCACUGAGUUCUGUACCUAUUAUACUCUCAGGAAUUAAUGGAAACCCACCAGUGAGCCAGAGACCAGAAAAUAACCCUCAAAUUCCAGUGACUACUCCACAGAUCUCUCCUAAUAAUGUGAAACGUACUGGACCUCGAUUGUUGUUGAUUCCAGUGCAGCAGGGUUCUCCUACUCUUAGACCAAUACAAAACCCACAGCUUCCAGGACAGCGGAUGGUCUUACAACCUGUUAGGAGCCCAAGUGGAAUGAAUCUAUUCAGACACCCCAAUGGGCAGAUUGUUCAACUUUUACCUUUACAUCAGAUUCGAGGCUCUAAUACCCAGCCCAGUUUACAGCCUGUGGUGUUUCGGAACCCAGGAUCUGUGGUGGGAAUCCGACUAUCAGCUCCUUCCAAAUCUUCUGAGACCUCGUCAUCUUCUACUUCAUCCUCUGCCUUCUCUGUCAUGAAUCCUGUAAUUCAGGCUGUUGGGUCUUCUCCGACAGUAAAUGUCAUUACUCAGGCACCUUCGUUGCUUUCCUCUGGAUCUAAUUUUGUCUCUCAGGCUGGUACACUGACCCUGAGGAUUUCUCCUCCUGAAUCUCAAAACUUAGCAAGUAAAACAGUCUCUGAAAGCAAAAUAACACCGAGCACUGGAGGGCAGCCUGUUGGAACUGCUAGUCUCAUUCCUUUGCAGUCAGGUAGCUUUGCCUUGUUGCAGCUCCCAGGACAAAAGCCUAUUUCUAGCUCCAUUCUUCAACAUGUUGCUUCCCUUCAGGUAAAAAAGGAAUCUCAGAAUGCAGACCAGAAAGAUGAAAUAAACUCCAUCAAAAGAGAGGAGGAAACUAAGAAAAUUCUAAUAUCAAAAGAAGAAGCUGUAGACACUGAGACUGAUAUACUUAAGCAAAACUCAGGAAUUAAUGCCUCAGAAGAUACCUUGAAUGAUUCAUUUGAUGAUGGGGGUGAUCUUUUGGAUGAAGAAACCCUUACAGAAGAUGCCAGAACUUAUGAACACUCUUCUAGCACUGGGUCUCACACAGAUGAAGACAAAGAUGGUGAUGAAGGAUCUGGGAACAGGAGUCAGAACAAUCCAAAGGAAAAACAGACUGUCCUGGAAGUUAGGACCAUUUCUGAAAAGGUCAAUAUGAUGACAGUCCAGCAUGCUAGUAAAGCACGCCUUCAAAAACACGCUGAGGUGAAGAUGGAACAACAGCAGCAAGGAUCAGACAGUCCAGAGGACCCAGAUGAAUUUCUAUUCAUCACUAAGGAAGAAAGUAAAUUUGAAUUAUUAGGGACCCAAGUUAAGGAACAGCAAUCUAACUCAAAGGCAGAGGCCAAGAAGGAUUGUAAAGAUUCUCUGGGAAAAGACAGUCUUAGAGAGAAAUGGCGAAAACACUUGAGGGGUCCCUUAACUCAGAAGUACAUUGGAAUUUCACAAGAAUCUAAGAAAGAAGCAAACAUGCAGUUCUUUACAGAAACAAAGCCAUGUCAAGAAAAUUCUGAACGGGACAUCUCUGAUUUCCUUGGGAAAAGCGGAACUACUGAGAAUGAUGGAAUCUUAAAACCUGAGGGUAGUUCUUGGAGUAGCAUUUCUAGUUCUGCAGCCUUCUCUAUCAUUCCUAGGAGAGCUACAAAAGGAAGAAGAGGGAGCAGACGUUUUCAGGGUCAUUUCCUACUCCCAAGAGAACAGAUAAAACCAAAGCAAGAGACAAAGGGUGGGAGAAGCAGUGCUGACUUCACUGUUUUGGAUUUGGAAGAGGAGGAUGAGGAAGAUGAGAAUGAGAAAACCGAUGAUUCUAUUGAUGAGAUUGUGGAUGUUGUUUCUGGCUACCAGAGUGAGGAGGUUGAUGUAGAAAAGAAUAACUAUGUAGACUAUAUUGAGGAUGAUGAGCAGGUGGAUGUUGAGACUAUAGAAGAGCUUUCAGAAGAAAUUAACACUGCCUACAAGAGGACCACAGCAACUCACACAUACUCCUUCAAACAGCAGUGUCAUAGCCAUAUCUCUACAGAUGAAAAAGCUUCUGAAAAGAGUCGAAAGGUUCCUUUAAUUUCUCCAAAAUUGAAAGAUGAUUGCUGGAGUGACAAACCCCAGAAAGAAACAGAAGCCUUUGCAUAUUACCGCCGGACACAUACUGCUAAUGAGCGACGUCGGCGUGGUGAAAUGAGGGAUCUCUUUGAAAAAUUGAAAAUUACAUUGGGAUUACUUCAUUCUUCCAAAGUUUCCAAAAGUCUCAUUCUUACUCGGGCAUUCAGUGAAAUUCAAGGGUUAACAGACCAGGCAGAUAAAUUGAUAGGACAGAAAAAUCUGCUGAGUCGAAAACGAAAUAUUUUAAUACGGAAGGUAUCAUCUCUUUCAGGUAAGACAGAAGAAGUGGUCCUGAAGAAGCUAGAGUAUAUUUAUGCAAAACAACAAGCACUAGAGGCACAAAAAAGAAAGAAGAAGAUGGGAUCAGAUGAGUUUGGUGUGUCUCCUAGAAUCAGCAAACAGCUGGAGGGAUCUUCUACAUCAUCUGUAGAUCUUGGACAGAUGUUUAUAAAUAACAGGAGGGGAAAACCUUUGAUUCUUUCUAGAAAAAGAGAUCAGGCUACAGAAAAUGCUUUGACUUCUAACACUUCACACUCAUCUGCCAACCUGGUGAUGACUCCACAAGGACAGUUGCUUACCCUAAAAGGCCCCCUAUUCUCAGGACCAGUGGUAGCUGUUUCUUCUGCUCUCCUAGAUGCUGAUCUAAAGCCUGAAGUUACAAGUAGUACUAUGGCUCAGUCAGAGAAUGAUGACUUAUUUAUGAUGCCACGAAUUGUUAAUGUGACAUCAUUGGCUGCAGAGGAAGAGUUAGUAGAUGUGGGUGGCAGCAAAUACCCUCAUGAAGUUCCUGAUGGCAAGCCACUUGACCACCUGAGAGACAUUGUUGGGAAUGAAGCUAGCUCCUUAGUAGAUACAGAUAGAAUCUCUUCCAGAGGAAACCAUAGAGAUGGCAGAACAGCCCGGGCUCCAACACAAGUGUUGUUGGCAAAUAAGGAUUCUGGGUUUCCACAUGUAGUUGACGUUUCCAAUAUGCAGGCUGCACAGGAGUUUGUACCUAAAAAGAUUUCUGGUGAUAUGAGAGGACAUCGAUAUAAAUGGAAAGAGUGUGAAUUGAGAGGAGAGAGACUGAAGUCAAAGGAAUCCCAGUUUCAUAAAUUAAAGAUGAAGGAGCUCAAGGACUCAAGCAUUGAGAUGGAACUGAGGAAAGUAGCUUCAGCUAUUGAGGAUGCAGCCCUUGAUCCCAGCGAGCUGCUGACUAACGUGGAAGAUGAGGAUGAUACUGAUGAGACACUGACUUCACUGCUCAAUGAAAUUGCCUUUCUUAAUCAGCAACUAAAUGAUGACUCUGGCCUGGCUGAAAUGCCUGAUUCUAUGGAUUCAGAAUUUCCAGAGGAUGCUCAGCGAGCUUUUAUCAAUAAACUUGCUCCUGGGAACAGAUCAACUUUCCAAGUUGGACACUUGGGAACGGGUUUGAAAGAAUUGCCUGAUGUCCAAGAGGAGAGUGAAUCCAUCAGCCCCCUCCUGCUGCACUUGGAAGAUGAUGACUUUUCUGAGAAUGAAAAACAACUUGGGGACACAGCUUCUGAGCCGGAUGUCCUUAAGAUUGUUAUCAACUCUGAGAUAAAGGAUUCUCUUGUUCCCCAGAGGAAGUCUAGUGAUGGAGGGAAGAGUACUUCUGGUCUCCCUACAGAGCCUGAAGGUGUAUCCUCACCUCCCAUCCUACACAUGAAGACUGGUCCAGAGAACAGCAACACAGAUACUUUGUGGAGGCCUAUGCCAAAAUUGGCCCCUUUGGGUUUAAAAGCAGCUAAUCCUCCCAGUGACACAGAUGGUCAAAGUCUAAAGGUGAUGCCUUCCUUGGCACCUAUAGCUGCCAAAGUUGGACAUAAAAUGAACUUAACAGGGAAUGAUCAGGAAGGCCGAGAGAACAAGGUGAUGCCUACAUUGGCACCUAUUGUGGCUAAAUUAGGCAGCUCUGGGAUUCCAUCAAGUUCUUCAGGGAAAUGAACUCAUUCAUCCUCAUGCAGAAGCCAGGCUAUGAGGGGGAAUUGAAUUUUACCUCCUUUCUCUGCAGGCAUCUGUUUGUUUGUCUUAUGGAACUAUAAUCUUUGACUUUGAUUAUGUGGAUAUUGAUGGAGAAAGGGGGGUUAGGGUGCUGGUCCUGGUGUUUGAAAUUCUGAUCAUGUUAAAAAUGUUACCUCACUUGUGGUGCUGGGUCCCCCAUCUUCUCUAAGAAGGUGCGAUCCCUCUUGCCCAAGGAAUUCAUAAUAAGAAUCUGGCUCCAUCGAGUACCCUAUUUUUUUUCCCCUGAGAAAAUGCUUAAGACUUGGAAUUACUAUGAACUAAACUGUAAGUGAUAAUUAUUAGCUCUAAAUUCUGAGAAUUGUGAUACAGUUGUAUAAAAGGAGCUAGAGAGAAUUUUUAGUUAUUAUUUCAACAAUAGAGCAUGAUAAUGCACACUUGUAAUUCCACCACUAGAAGACUAAAGCAAGAGAAUUGCAAGUUUGUAUCUAUCCUGGGCUAUAAAGGACCCCCCUACACACACACACACACACACACACCACACCACACCACACCACACCACAUCACAUCACAUCACAGAUGGGGGGAGGGAAGAAUUAUGCUAGGUAGGAUGGAUACUAUGGAAUACCAAAGUGAAGGGUUUUUGUCAUUCAACAGACUGUUUCAUAUCCUGAAUAGCUGUUCCCUUACCCUUUCAGUCAAAAUUAUAAACUUUAAGCUUUCUAGUAAAGUAGGAAUAUACUUUUAACUUUUACUAUUAAUGUACUUAUUUUGAGAGGCAUAAAAGAGAUACUUCCUUGCUGUCUUUUGUGGUAUUGAAAGAUCCAUUCAUGAUGCCAGGGGUUUCUACCCAUUAUUAGUUUUUUGAAAGUAGACAUAGAGUCAGUUGUUCCCUUUCCAAAAUCAUUGCCACUCCAGAAACAGCUAAAAUGAAAAGCGAUUUCUCCCCAGACCAGAGGCCAUAGCCAAAAUAAAAAUUUGUGAGGCUGGAUAUUUCCCAAAUGGAACCAGCCUGUAGGUGCUUGAAGGUUUUGUUCACUGUCACCUGCACAGGAUGUGACAAGAAAGGCGAGUCACAGUGGUCGUUCUUUAACAGGGAUGCAAGGCAGUGUUUGAGUCAUAAGAUAUAUUUUUAUCUGCUGCCAUGGCAUCAAUGAUCUGUAGAGCUUUUUCACUCAGUAACUGUCAGAAUGUGAAGGACUGACAACCUGUAAAGAUGAAGAUAUUUAUAUUUUUGUAUAGUUGUUUUCAUAGAUUUCUCAAGGGAUGAAGUUUUCAACCUAGAAGAGAUUUGUAUUGAGUAUAGAAAUGUUUCCUAUCUAGUUUGUAAAUAAUCAUGGUGCAUUUGAGGGGUCUCUUGGAAGCUCCUGGGGCAAGAAUCACUGUUCUGAAAAUGUAUAGACUGAGAUUUAGCUGCUGCAUUUUGCCUUUCUUAAAUAAUUAUAUUUUGGAAUGUAACCCGUUCUGUCUUCAAUGACAGGAUUUGCUUGUGUUGUAAAACACUUUAACACAAGUGCUUCCGGUGCCUGGGCCGUGCCUGGGUAAUUCUAUUUCUUUUACAUCCUUGCCUUCUUUAUCUCAAGUCCCACUCAGAGUAUCUUCAGACCUAGGUUGUGAGACCAACUUUGGAAUGAAUCUAGCCAGUGAAUGAUUACUUCCAUGUUCGAUUCCCUUUUUAGAUUAACUCUGAUAAUCAUCAGAUUGAAAUGAUAAAAUAUCUUCCACUGCAAAAUGCAGUGGUAGUAAAUUCUUCAUUGGUUUUGUGCUGCUUGCCUUCCUGGACAGCUCAGCAGCACUUAACCGUCCCUGUUUACUACAAAAGCCUGACAUAGUAAAAACAGUAUUUCUCAGCUUCUCCUUUGUCCUUUCUGUCCUUUACCCAGCUGACUUCAUCCAAUGCCUUAGCCAUGGAGUGCAGCACCUGUCACCCUUGCUACCAGCUGUCCUCGGAGACCUAGUUCUUUAGCCCGGGUAUGGCAGUUUCCAUCGGUUUUAUUGCCUGUUUCUUUCCCGUGUUUCCUUCUGGCUUUAGAGAGUCAGACAAGAAGCAGCAAGGGAGUAAGUGAAUAAUCCUCAGGAAAAGAAGGACCAUGUUAGCUUCUAACACUUGUUUCUUUUUUCUCUUUUUUUUUCCUUUUUUUAUAAUUUGAAAAAAAAAUAGGCAAAACAGGUCAGAGUUUAAUACUUGGCUGCAUUUAUGAGAGAUGUAGAAAGUUAGAAAUGAAGUUUGGUUCUAGGUGUUCAGGGAAAGCUGCAGAUGGUAUUACAAACUCCUAAGAUGCAUUGUUCUUAAGACAGAUUUAGGAGCUAUCAGGGCUAUUUGAGGAGGGCUUAGUCUUCAGAACAAUCUUGUAGUCUUGACAGAAAUCCAAAAAUCUCCCCCAAACUCCUACCCUUUGCAUUAGGGUAACCUUACAUUAGGAGAAACUGGUCUAUGAAAAUUACAUGUAUGAUUGUGAAAGGUGAAGUUAAGUGAAAACAUUGGAGGAACCUGAAAAAAAGCUCCCAUCCUAGCUAAGCAUGAUAGCAGUAGACCAAUCACUCGCCUUUUUAUACACCUGUAAAUAAAUGGAAUGUUUUUAAGAAUAUAAUUAUGUCAGAUUUAGCAUUUUCUUUUAUAUAUUAAAUAUAUAUCUUUCA